AAUCUCUAUCUUGUAGAAAAAUACGGAGAAGGAAUAAAAAUGGGAAGUUUAGACGCAAUUUGGAUCGAAUUUGCAACGCACUUGCAUAAAAAAUGAAAUAGCAAAACCAUGCAAAGUUAGUGAAGCAUGCGGCAAAGGUCUCAAGCCCAAGUCAAACCUUUUCCAGAAGCUCUUCUCUACCUAAAACGACGGCCCAUGCACAAAGAAAGGAAGGAACAAGUUUGGUCUUGAUGAAAGACUUUUGAAUUUUGAAAGGAAUUCAAACAUAAGUGAAAGAGAUAAAAAAGGAUUGAGGAUCUUUUCAAAUUUGGCGAAAAUUCCCUCCCUCUCUCGCAUCUCAUUCAAACUCAAAUGAGAUGGCAAGGACAAGGCAAAAUCCAAGGCAAGUUUGUUUGGACUUGUGAGACCAAAAUGAGAUUGGGCCUAUUCCACGCGGGUCAGUGUCUGCCUUAGAUCAACACGCGGGGUCCUAUUGUGUUUAUAUUGUCUAUUAUGCUUGAGAUUGUGUGUGAAUGAUUGUGGGGUUGAUAAACUGUUUAGGAAUGAGAAAUAUAAUCAAACACUAACUUACUAAAGUGAUCAAAUCGGUUGCAAUUCUCGGCUCCUAGAUUCAGUAGUCAACUUCAUAGUUCUUCAACCUUUAAUUUCUCGUAUUUCUCAUUCGUUUUAAAGAAUAUUUUAAUCUCUCUUCACUUGUCAUAGCAACAGGUUCAUUAGAUUUGAGUUGAAGAAAGAAAUUAUAACAGCAAGAUGCUAGCAAAGCUGGACAAAUGAAGCAUUCCCAUUGGUCUGGACACAUCAAUUGAUGCCUAUAAUUACCACCUCCAGCUGUCAUUUGGAGGGAGGUUUAAAAGAGAGCUACUUAGAGAGCAGAAUUUAGAUUAGGAGUAGGAGUAGGAGUAGUGUAGAGUAGAUUUAUUUUCCUGCGCUUUCUUUCUUGCCAAACAGUCUUUACUCUUGAAUUUCCUCUUUAAUUUUCUGCAUUUAAAGUUCUAUUCAGCCGUUCAUUACAUUUACUUAGUUGUUAAGUGAAUUUAAAUUCAAUCGCAUUGAUGAAUUUCUUUGACUUGAGCUUGCACUUUCAGUUUAUUCAAUUUCUGUUUUCUUUCAUUUUCUCUUUAAAUUCUUGCAUUUAAAUACAUAUUCAUACACUAGUUAUCUACCUCUUAAUUUUGGAGCCAAACACCUGCAAAUUUGAGAGAAAAGCACAAGAUGGUAUACAAUGGUACAUGCUGAUGGGUCUGUUUCCCAAACUUGGAAUUUUCUCAAGCAGCAUGGACUGCAAGGUUUUAUAGAAAUAUGGCCAAGACCCACCGCCACUGCUUGGAAAAUAAUUUUCGUUUAUGGAGUGUUUGAGGCAGCACUUCAACUAUUUGUCCCUGGCAAGAGGAUUGAGGGCCCAAUAUCUCCCACGGGGAACCAACCUGCUUACAAGGCAAAUGGUAUGGCAGCAUAUUUUGUAACAUUGGUUACCUAUAUUAGUCUUUGGUGGUUUGGGAUAUUCAACCCCACGGUUGUUUAUGAUCAUUUGGGAGAAAUAUUUUCAGCACUCAUCUUUGGAAGCUUGGUCUUUUGUAUUUUCUUAUACAUUAAAGGUCAUGUGGCACCUUCUUCUACCGAUUCUGGGUCAUCUGGGAACUUAAUAAUUGAUUUCUAUUGGGGUAUGGAACUGUAUCCACGAAUUGGCAAAAACUUUGACAUUAAAGUCUUUACAAAUUGCAGAUUUGGGAUGAUGUCUUGGGCAGUUCUCGCUGUCACCUAUUGCAUAAAGCAGUAUGAAGUCAAUGGAAAAGUUUCUGAUUCCAUGCUUGUGAAUACAACAUUGAUGCUGGUGUAUGUUACAAAGUUCUUUUGGUGGGAGGCUGGUUAUUGGAACACAAUGGACAUUGCACAUGAUCGAGCUGGGUUCUAUAUUUGUUGGGGAUGCUUGGUUUGGGUUCCAUCUGUCUACACAUCACCUGGGAUGUACCUUGUCAACCAUCCUGUGAACCUUGGAACACAGCUUGCACUUUAUAUCCUUGUCGCAGGCAUUCUUUGCAUAUAUAUCAACUAUGAUUGUGAUAGGCAAAGACAAGAAUUUCGCAGAACAAAUGGCAAAUGCAUAGUCUGGGGGAAAGCUCCAUCGAAGAUUGAGGCCACCUACACAACAACAUCUGGGGAAACCAAAACUAGCCUUCUUUUAACAUCAGGAUGGUGGAGUUUGUCUCGUCAUUUCCAUUAUGUGCCAGAAAUAUUAGCUGCAUUUUUCUGGACUGUUCCUGCUCUGUUCAACCAUCUUCUACCAUACUUCUAUGUGGUGUUUCUUACCAUCCUCUUAUUUGACCGAGCCAAAAGGGAUGAUGACAGGUGUCGAUCCAAAUAUGGUAAAUACUGGAAACUAUACUGCAGCAAGGUUCCCUACAAGAUCAUUCCUGGAAUUCACUAAGAGAUGUUUCGCAAAUGAAGCUGCAACUCACUUUGAAUUUACUCGGCAUUUGUAUACCAUUUGGUUGAACUUGAAAAUGCAAUGUAAACAUUAUCUUACAAAUGCCAGCACUUUCUAGACAGCUUGGGGUUUCUUGUAAGUUUUGCAAAAUGCAGGAUUAGACGCUUUGGUUGCUUCAUGUUUAUGCUGUCCAGCUUUCUCCUGUCAGCCAUAAGCUAGGGAAGAUGCUGUUUGCUUCAGCAUGGUAAAUGGUGCUACAAUGAAUCCUAUGAUACCUCAUAAGUCUUGGGAAAGAAGGAAUGAACUAACAUGUUCCAUGUUUGAUGCACAUAUAAACCUUUUAAAUCUCAUUGUUAAGGUAAAUAUUUAUAUGAUUUUAAGGUUUAAGUGGAUGAGAGAUGAGAAUGAUUUUAUCUUUUAUUAUUGUUGUGCUGCUCAAAUGGCCAAUCUUCAAUCGAAAAUGAAGUUUAAUUGUAUUUGGAUACUUUUUGUCCCCCUUUGAUUUAUUAUUUUAUAUUGGAAGGAUGAAAUUUUUU